GGUCCACGUGGGCAAUGGUGCGUGUGAGUUUCUCAUUCUCAUUCCAUUUUUUUCAAGAAACUAAGAGGUGGGGGCUUUGAGUCUUGAGGUGCCUAUAAAUUUCCACUUCACCUUCCAUGCCUCCUCAGAUUAAGAAAUAGAGCAACUCAAAGAAACCCAUCUUCAGAUUUUCUCCGCAAGGUCUUUCCUUUUCUCUCUAAGACUUGAAAAUGGAGAUGGAGAUGGAGAUGGAGAUGGAGAUGGACAGGGAAAUGGAGGGGAGGAGGCAGAGCAGCACUAAAGGUGGCAACUUUUAUUGUGAGGAUUCCACUGUUGAUUGGCGAGGCAAGCUUUCUAACCCUCACAACCAUGGAGGAAUGAGGGCUGCUGCAUUUAUUCUUGGGCUACAAGCAUUUGAGAUAAUGGCAAUAGCAGCAGUAGGGAACAACCUGAUAACAUAUUUGAUAAAUGAGAUGCACUUUUCAUUGUCUGAGUCUGCAAACAUUGUGACAAACUUUGUUGGAACUGUCUUCCUCUUGGCCCUCCUUGGUGGCUACCUUUCUGAUUCUUUUCUUGGGAGUUUCUGGACCAUGCUCAUCUUUGGUUUUGUGGAACUUUCUGGUUUCAUAUUACUAUCAGUCCAAGCUCAUCUUCUUCAACUAAAGCCACCCAAGUGCAAUAUGUUAGUGACCAAUGGAGCUCCUCCCUGUGAGGAAGCAAAGGGCUUCAAGGCCUUUAUAUUCUUUGCAGCAUUGUACUUGGUGGCAUUAGGGAGUGGCUGUGUUAAGCCCAACAUGAUUGCUCAUGGAGGUGACCAGUUCAAUCAGAACAAUCCCAAGCAGUUGAAAAUGCUCUCCACCUACUUCAAUGGUGCCUACUUUGCCUUCUCUAUGGGUGAGUUUGUUGCCCUAACACUACUUGUUUGGGUGCAAACACACUCUGGAAUGGAUGUUGGGUUUGGUGUUUCUGCUGCUGCCAUGGCCAUGGGCUUGAUUUCCUUGGUUUGUGGAACUCUAUACUACAGGAACAAACCACCUCAAGGAAGCAUAUUCACUCCUAUUGCUCAAGUUUUCGUGGCCACAAUAUUGAAGAGAAAGCAAAUAUGCCCAUCUAAUCCACAGAUACUUCAUGGAAGCCAAACUACUGACUCUGGCAGUUUACCUCACACGCAGAGAUUGAGGUUCUUGGACAAUGCCUGCAUCAAAGUUGAAGAUGGAAACAAUAUAAAGGAAAGUCCGUGGAGACUUUGCACUGUGAACCAAGUCGAUCAAGUGAAGAUACUGAUUUCAGUUCUUCCCAUUUUCGCUUGCACAAUUGUUUUCAACACUGUUUUAGCUCAACUCCAAACCUUCUCAGUCCAACAAGGGAGUGCUAUGAACACCCAACUCACCAAAUCCUUCCACAUCCCUCCAGCCUCACUUCAAGCUAUCCCUUAUGUUAUUCUCAUCAUCUUAGUCCCUCUUUACGACACUUUCUUUGUUCCUUUUACAAGAAAGUUCACAGGUCAUGAGUCCGGAAUCCCACCCUUGCAAAGAAUAGGUCUUGGCCUGUUUCUUGCCACAUUUUCAAUGGUAUCAGCAGCUCUUAUGGAGAAGAAGAGAAGAGAUUUGGCGGUGCAUUCGAAGGAAAUAAUAUCCAUCUUUUGGAUUACUCCACAGUUUUUGAUCUUUGGAUUAUCGGAGAUGUUAACUGCAGUAGGGUUGAUUGAGUUCUUCUACAAGCAGUCAUUGAAAGGAAUGCAAGCAUUCUUAACAGCAGUGACUUACUGCUCAUACUCUUUAGGGUUUUACUUGAGUUCCUUAUUGGUUUCUUUGGUGAAUAAGAUCACCUCAAGCUCUUCAAAUGUUGGUUGGCUCAGUGAUAAUGAUUUGAACAAAGAUAGACUUGACCUUUUCUAUUGGACUCUAGCAGUUCUUAGCUUCCUCAACUUCAUUCACUAUCUCUUUUGGGCUAGAUGGCACUCUCUCAGUCCAUUUGUAUCAACAUCACAAACGAAUGGAACACACGGAGAGGACUUGAACCAAUAUGAUCAUCGCUUCAGCUCUUCCAAAAGAACUUCAGAUGAAAGCAUUCCUUAAACCAUGAAUGUUCUAUUUCCUUGAUAAAUGUAUACUUGUAUUAGAAGAAAAAUAAUGAAAAUAAGUAUAUAUGUGUGUGUGUAGAGAGAGAGAGAGAGAGAAUGUAUGUGUGAGAGAGAAGAAUGCCCUCCAGGGCACAAUAAUUGUAUACUAUCCUUGAAAUUACUAUUAAGAAUUAAGUACUCAA